UAAGUUAUGAUACAUUUUGUCUAUCACCCCCUAGGUUGUGCCAUCUUCAUUUGCAAAAACACAAAAAGCGAUUUGAUUUUCUCUCCGAUAAGCAUCUGAUGUCCUGUGGCGCCAAAAAUAUAAAAAAAUAUAAUUUUCAAUAUUUAUUAGAUGUAGUUGUGGAUAUGCGCGUGUGAUCGGUGAAACAUUUGAGUACUGGUUUUCUUAAAUUCCCAGUGUACUAUAACGUAAGAUUACCAUUGCUUUAGACUGACUUCAACAUCUAACAUUUUGACGCUACGAUGGAGAAAACAAUGGAGAGCAGACUUAAGGCAUUUUUCACCAAUCCUCGAAAAUAAUCAUUACUUUUUAACUAACACAAAUAUUAUUUAUCUCACAUGGUUGUUAAAGAUUACUAAAAAUAAUUUAUUCCGAAAGUGGAAAGAAAUAUCACACUAUACUUUAACAGUUUAUAUAAAGAAAAAAAUGAAAGUUGUUAUUUUGAUGGUAUGCUUGUUAGUUGGGGCAGAAUUUAUAGAUGGUGAUUUAACAAUCUCUCAUGAAAGAUUCAGGCGAAUGGUGCUUGGUAGAAAAGCAAAAAUUGGUGCAUGGCCUUUUGUGGUUUGGCUUGUUAAAGACAAAACUGCAGGAUUUCCAAGGUAUUGUGGUGGCUCGCUGAUAAAAGAUAAAUGGGUGUUGACUGCAGCGCAUUGCGUAGAUUCUGUUGUCAAUAAACCUUGGAGAUUGUCAGUAAGAAUAGGGUCUGCUAAACGGCUGUGGAUGAAACAAAUAAAAAAGUUUCACUACAAUGCGUCCAAGAUUUUCCUUCAUCCUGGCUACAAACGAAACAUCGCAAUCAAUGACGACAUAGCGCUAAUUAAACUUAGAUGGCCAGUGUUUAUCAACAGAUAUACAUUUACAAAACCUGUUCGAAUCGCCCUGUGGGGCAUAACAGAUGAUAAGUUGGAAGAUUAUCGCUGCAAAUCUGCAGGCUGGGGAAAAGACCGCAGUUUCAAGAGUAUUUCUUCAUUUCAAAAAUCAUCUAAACCGUCCAAAUAUUUAAAAGAAAUUCGAGUUCCACUAAUCCCUAAAAGUGAUUGCAUUGAGAUUGUUAAAACAAUUGAUGAGGUAGGAAAGAACACAACUGCAUUCUGGCGAAAAAUGAUGUGUGGAGGAGGCAGAAAUGAAACAUACGGUACAGCGUGUUUACAUGAUUCUGGCUCGCCUCUUGUUUGUCAAGAUAAAUACAACAACAUAGAUCUACAUGGCAUCGCAAUUGCAAUCCACGGACCAGAAAUCAGAACCAAACCAUGUACUCCUGGCAAACAGAUUAUAGUGUUUUUAAGAGUGGCACGUUAUGUAAGCUGGAUUCUUGAUAUUGUGAAAAAAAACUAAUCAAAUUCUGAAGCAUUGUCAGGAGCUGGAGAAAUGCGUUGCCUUUUUACGAUUUAAAAAGAGAAUUAACUUUCAGGUAAUAAAUCCAAUAGGGUUGUAAAUAUAUAUUUUGUCAUUAAGGUAAAAACUUA